UGUAUCUGAAUAAAACCUUCCCAAACGACACGGGAAUCUAGCUAAGCCCAUUAUUUAAUACUCCGUAAUUGGAUCUACUAUGCACACUACUUUCUAGUCCUUGACUACAAGCACCAGGCAGAAAUGUACAUGUGAAAACUAGUCACAGACUCACGGGUGGGUCAGACACAUAAAACACCCUGCCUGCAUCAUCUUCUUUACUUUACUUAAUUAGCUUAGGCAGCAGAAUUCUCAAAACCACUGAAAUGGAAACCCUAGCUACUAUUUUCAUACUUUCAUCCGUGGCUGGGUUAAGAGGUGCUCAUGGUUCCGAUGGGGGCGAAUGGUCGGAUGCCCAUGCCACAUUCUACGGAGGCGCUGAUGCCUCUGGUACAAUGGGUGGAGCUUGUGGGUAUGGAGAUUUGUAUGGGCAAGGAUAUGGCGAAAGCAAUGCUGCACUAAGUAGUGCCCUUUUCAAUAAUGGACUCAGCUGUGGUGCAUGUUUUGAGAUCAAGUGUGCAGGCGACAGUGAGCAGUGCUUUCCGGGUUCAAUUGUUGUCACCGCAACAAAUUUCUGUCCUCCCGGAGGGUGGUGUGACUUCCCAUUCAAACACUUUGAUCUCUCCCAGCCAAUUUUCCUGCAAAUUGCUCAGUACAGAGCUGGAAUAGUCCCUGUUCAAUACAGAAGGGUUCCUUGCAUAAAGAGUGGCGGAAUCAAAUUCACAAUAACUGGUCAUUCCUACUACAUCCUAGUACUGAUAACUAACGUGGGAGGAGCAGGGGAUGUGGUGUCUGUUUCUAUCAAGGGAUCCAACACCAGUUGGUUACCAAUGUCUCACAACUGGGGCCAAAACUGGCAAAGUAAUGUCUACCUCAAUGGACAAGCAUUGUCUUUCGCGGUCACAACCAGUGAUGGGCAAUCUGUAGUCUCCAAUGAAGUGGCACCUCCAAGCUGGUCUUUUGGUCAGACGUAUACUGGUGGACAGUUCUCUGGUGGUGACCGGUUCUCCGGUGGCCAAGUCCCUGCAGGUCGCCGCUCCUCAGCUUCCAAGUCUUUACCCACUAAAAAAGUCAUUUCUUGUAAUUUAUUAUUGGGACUUCUUCUAGCUCUGGUAGAAGCAAGCACACUCUUUCCACGCCUUUAAUUUCUCCAUAAGGAACAAUAUUCUUAAUGACUAAAUAUAAUGUAGCCAUGCAGAAAUCAGUACCACUACCUAUGCUUAGGUUAAGCUUUCAUAAAUGUUCAGUCACCUCCCUAUCUAUUUCCAUAUAUUCUGCACAUACCUGAUCUAAAAGUGAG